GAGCAGGACUGCACACAUACAGAUACAACCACAUCAACCAAAGCUAGCUUUUGCAUUUCAUUUGCUGUGAACUCAGGUAAGGUAGGUAGCUAGGCACCAUGACGCUCAAGCUGUUGAUGGAAGUGAGCCCGCAGGAGCUGCUGGAGGCUCUGGCCGAGCUCCAGAACCACGUGCUCGGCUACGUCAAGGCGACGUCGCUCAAGUGCGCCGUCGACCUCGGCGUCCCGGCCGCCAUCCAUAAGCGCGGCGGCACCGCCACCCUGGCCGACAUCGCGACCGACGCCAAGGUGCACCCGGCCAAGGUCGCCGACCUCCGGCGCAUGAUGGCGCUGCUCACCGCCUCGGGCAUCUUCACCACCACCGCCGAGGACGGCGACGGCGCGGCCGAUGACACGGCCGCCGUGCAGUACGGGCUGACGACGACGGGCCGGUUCCUCGUCGGCUGGCGCAACCUGUCCCCCGUGGCGCCCUUCUUCGUGAACCCUCUCAUCGUCUCCUCCUUCUUCGACCUGCCUGGCUGGCUCAGGAGCGAGCCGGCGCCGGCCGGCGCCGGCUCCCUCUUCGAGCAGGCGCACGGCUGCUCCCGGCAGGAGAUGGCGCGCAAGGACGCCGGGUUCGGCACCGUGCUGAGGGACGCCAUGACCGCCGACAGCGAGCUCUUCCUGGAAGUCAUUAUUGUUGACAAGGGCCGCAUCUUCCGCGGCGUCACCUCCCUCGUCGACGUCGGCGCCGGCAACGGCGCCGGCACGCGGGUGGUCGCCAAGGCGUUCCCGCGCAUCAAGUGCACCGUGCUGGACCGUCCUCAAUCCCUCGGCCAGGCGGCCGACGCCGGCGACGACAACCUGCGUUUCGUGGCCGGUGACAUGUUUGAAUCCAUUCCGCCGGCGGAUGCUGUCCUGCUCAAGAAUGUUUUGCAUGACUGGGGCCACGACGACUGCGUCAAGAUACUUCAACGUUGCAAGGAAGCCAUCCCGGCGAGGAGCGCCGGAGGGAAGGUGAUAAUCAUAGAUAUGGUAAGAGGGUCUCUCCUCGGCGAUAAGAAGAUCGCCGAAAUGGAAGCCAUGCAGGACAUGUUCGCGAUGUGCACCAACGGGGUUGAACGGGACGAGAGCGAGUGGAAGAGGAUCUUUUCCGAUGCUGGAUUCGGCCAAGAUUACAAGAUCAUGCCGGUGUUAGGCCCCUUGUCAGUAAUUGAGAUCUACCCAUGAAAAGCUGGAAACUAGACCAUAUACUAAUGGACACCAUAUGUUGCACGUAUACAUGAACUACAAUAGGUUUAUUUGUAUGAGCGCAUGAACUAUAUAUGUGUGCUGUUAAUAACCAGGCUGCCUUGUUAAACAUGCCUGUAUUGCCGUUUUUAUGCCUUCUGUUAAAUGAGCGUAGCACUUUCUAGAAUAUGUUGCUGUAUUUUGUCAUGCUAUAUGUCAUGUUCAGGUCGAUGGUCGGAUUUUA